GUAGGCUUUUUUUGUCAAUAAGGUUCCGUCAAUACAUGCUAUAGUACUAAACAUUCAUAGUAAGUCGUUCAGAUAUAUUUGUAUUCAGAGUAUGUUUUUUUCUUCUUCUAUUAAUGUCAGUAAUGUUAGCAAAUUGAAACCUGACUGUCAAACACUGACAUAGCGAGCUAACUAAAACUUGCUAGUAUUUUUUAAAAGUAAUAUAACUACGGUCUAGUCUAAGUAAGUCAUCCAUUAACAUAUUGUUAGCCAUAUUCAUUCACUCCAGGAUUCCAGCUAAUAUUAUACAAAAAUGAUGAAAAGGAAUGGUAAUCCGUCUCAAAGACCAACACCAGGCUGCAUCCCUGUACCGCUAUUCAACCAGAAGAAAAGAAAUCGAAUUCCUUUGAUGUCGACUCCUUUUAAGAAUGAUUUUUCUCAUUCCGAGUUCAUGCCAAGUACCAGUUCAACUGCUCCCUAUGGUGCUUCAGGUGGGUCUUACCAGGCCAUUGGUUCCUCUUCUGAAGCUCAUCCAGGUCACCAAUGGAACAAACAGGACACCGCGCAACCUACUCAAUCCCAACAUUAUGGCAACUAUAGACCUGCACCAACAAUGAGAUCUUACGCACCUGUAGCACAUCCAUACAAAGCGGAAAGUACAAACUCCAAGAUGGUAACAUCCAGCAAUCCAUCCAGACAACAGCAACCCAUGUCAAUUUUUACUAUGAAACAGAAACAAUAUCAAACACCUUCCAGCAGUCAGAGCGUACCAAGCAAGCAGACACCUCAUAGUGGAUUCUCUCAGAAAGGCCAACAACCAUCAUACAGGCCGGUCGAUUCCACACAGUUCAGAUGUCUGCCUCCUCCCGUCCAACCACCUACUGUGCCAGCUGCUCAGACACAAAACAAAUGGAAUUUUACAAAUAGUUUUGGAUCGCAGAAGCCCACAUUUUCAAGCAAAAGGAGUGCAAAUAAACCCCAAAAUCCACAAGAAAUUCGAACGAUGGAACGUGCCCCCAAAAAAGCACCAUUUGACUACACACUCAGGAUCUUGACUGCAGUCAUUGAAGGGAUGAGACACUGGAGUCAGUUUAAAGACAAAGUGACCUAUUUUUUCGAGAUAUUUGCCUCUUUGGACUCUGCUGUCACUUUGGGUCCACACGGAUCAAAGAACUUCCUGUUGAGAGAUGGCAAGGAAGUUCUACAGUGUGUUUUCUAUGAAAAUGAGCAAGAACUGCCGCGUCUUAUCCGUGGCCAAGUUCACCGCUGUGUCGGGAACUAUGACAAGCGCAGAGAUAUCCUGGUGUGCGUGUCAGUUCGAGCAGCCACGCUCACGGAGGCCAAGGACGCUCAAGAGGCCAUCAAAGCCUCUGACAGUUACAUGCGUAAACUCGUCAAAUGCCUACAUGAAGUUUGAGUAUUUAAAAUGAAAUCUUUUGUGAGAUAGUACUGAAAGGUUGAGCUAAUACCUGGAUUUUCACACAACUGUGAUACAGUAAUAUAUACAAAAUGUGUUGGAUAAUUCGGUAGUUUGUGCAGUCAUCUUAGCGCUAUUGUAUGAAGGAAAACUGUUCAAUUAACUUGCUUGAUUUGUUGAUAUUGUUGUGUCCGUUUUUGGAAUUCUUUAAAAUAAAACUGAAGUGAUC